AUGGCUGAACAAGAAAUAGGUGGAGAUAGUGAGCUAUCCACAUAUUCAGAUGCAAUUCAGUGUGAUGAAUCUAUUAAGUGGAUAGCGGUGAUGAAUGAAGAAAUUGUCUCUCUCCACAAGAAUAAUACUUUGGUUCUUGUGAAACCACCGCCAGAUAAGAGAAUUAUUGGAAGCAAAUGGGUCUUCAAGAAAAAGGAUGGCAUUCCGAGGGGUGAUAAAUUCGCUGACGGUACUCGCAUCUAUCUAUUGUUGAAUGUUGAUGAUAUGCUUAUUGCUGCCAAAAAUAUGUCCGAAAUUCACUCUAUGAAGUUGCAACUUAGUAGUGAAUUUGAAAUGAAGGAUUUGGGAGUAACGAAGAAAAUUCUUAGCAUGGAUAUCCAACGUGAUCGUGGACAGAGAAGACUGGUCUUGACUCAAGAAAGCUAUGUUAAGAAGUCACCACAAUCAAUUGAAGAGGAAGAAGAUAUGGUGUGGGUUCCCUAUUCAAAUGCAGUCAACAGUCUUAUGUACGCAAUGGUCAGAAGGGGUGAUGGUCAGAUAUUGGAGAGCACCAACGAGAGACCAGAAUGCUGUAGGAUCAUGAAAUGGAACACCACCACCGACAAGAGAUUCUCGGGCCGCUAA